UUUUAUAAGCGCGUAGGACCCAAGAAGCACGACGGUGGGCUGUAGGGUUGGAGGAAGCGGUGCUACACAGCGCAUCGGACUUUUCUUUUUUCUCUCUGGCUCCGGUUGGUUCUUCCUUGUGGUGAGACUAGAAAGGGAUCGCCGCCAUUGGGUCAUUGCUUAGACAGAUAGAUCUUCUUUCUCACAGCAAAAGCCCAUCAAUCCCUUCACUCUGGCCACUUUUCUAGUCCCAGCGUCUCGGAGCUCCACGCCACAGCUCUUGUGGGAGCGAGAAGCGAGACUUCUCGAGCAACCAUCUUUGGUGGUGGCGGUGGCGGCGUGUAACAAGGGAGCGAGCGAGUCGCAGAUUUGGAGGGCGUGUCGCAUGGUCCAGGGAGUCUCUGUGGAUUACGGCUAAUAGCAUCCAACUGGUGGCAGGCACUCAAGUCGCAACUCAAAUGUAGCCUUUUCGGCGAGGUUCUUCGUAGUUCCCUUUUUUUUUUUUUUUCCCUUAGUUUCUUUGUAGUUUUCAUAGCUUCAUCUUCGAUCGAUCAUGGGGAAGGUCUUUUGCUUGCCAGUUUUUAGCCGCAAGGCGAACAAGAUAAAGCUCGAACUUCCAGAAGGUGACGAGUCUUUCACUGUUUCCACGACUCCAGCGUCGCAAGCUGCGCCAGCAAUCACGUCCCCGGACGUAGAGCUCCAGGCGAUCCAAGGGGACACGCAAAGUUGCUUCGAACACGCGGCACACGAAGAACAAGUGGCUCUAGAAGUUGGCGACGUUUUCAGUGAUCCGGGACUGUAUGGACGCGACUUUACCGAGAGCUCUGCUACGUCGGAGGAGGCUGUUGAUGCCACCAACACCAACGCCAUCGCCAUCAACAUCAACGACGCGACUGACGAUGCUAGAGCCAAUCUUGCUCUUGCUCUUCCAGAGGAACGUAAGCAGCCUGGCGACGACGAUCACAACGAAGAUGAUCAGUUUGGCGACGAAGAAGAUGAUCAACAGAGAACAAGAGUCGUUCUCCAAUCCAGUGACUUCCACUCCAACACCACCACGAAGUUCACUACGCAGGACCGAGUGGAAGAAUGGGUGAAGAGCAUCGACGCAUCGUCAACCGAGCCAUUGAUCGAGCUCCCGGUUGGAGAGACGCCGACGACGAGUCACGCUGCUCGCAGCAGCAACCACAGCAGCAGGGACGUAGAGCUCGCAAACUCGGUGGCUCGCUCACUGGAUUUCCACUCGACAACAGUGGCUCAUUUCAGUGGCAUCGGCCUCACUCUCAUACCGUGCCUGUCCACCUUCUCUCAUUUGAAAACACUCAAGCUCUCGGGCAACGCUAUCGUGAGGAUCACUCCAGGAGUUCUUCCAAAAGGUUUACAUUCUCUCGACCUCUCGAGGAACAAAAUCAGUGUCAUCGAAGGACUCCGGGAGCUCACCAAGCUACGCUCGUUAAACCUCUCGUACAACAGGAUCCUGCGAAUCGGACAAGGACUGGCAAACUGUACCUCCAUACGCGAGCUUUACCUGGCUUGCAACAAGAUCAACGAAGUGGAAGGCCUCCACAGGCUGACGAAGCUCUCGUGCCUGGACCUCAGCUUCAACCGCCUCGCCUCCACAAAAUCCUUGGGCCAGAUUGCCGCGGCUUACACGUCCCUCGUGGCCAUCAACCUGGUUGGAAAUCCAGUGGUCGUUAAUGUUGGCGAAGAACAGCUCAAGAGAUUCGUCACUGGCCUCGCUCCAAAUCUCAUCUUCCUCAACAAGCAGCCCAUCAAGGGAGGCAUCUCCAACAGGGACGCUGUGGCGAGAUCAUUCGCCGCCGGGAGCUCCAGGCACUCUCCUCACCACAACGCGUCCUCGAGCAAGAGGAGCAGCAGCGCUUCCACCUCGAGCACCGCUCUGCGAGUUGGAAAUCGAGGAGGCCAGCACCAGCACCAUCACCAUCACCAUCACGAGCAGCAGCCACUCCGAGACUCCAAGAUGGCUCAGCUCAAAAGUAUUCACCGCGUCCAGAGUGAUGGAGCCCUGCAGAACUCAGCUGAUUGAAGAACAAGAGCAAAGAAGAGAGAGACAAUAAAAAGCUUACCUUGAGCUUCUUCCUAUCAUAUCUCCUCCCACACUCUCGAUUUAUGCGAAGAUUUGAUGCCUCUUCCCACUCAACCGAGCUUAUUUUUUUCUUGUUUAUAAAGUUUUGGUGGAUUGAUGCGUUC